AUGAUGUCGAUUCUGGUAUUUAUGGAAUGUGUGGUAUUUUGGGAUGCUUUGUACAUGCCUGCCUGGUUCGGUGAUGUGAUUGAUGUUGUCGCAACUGAAGAUGUCAUUUUGGCAUCUCUUUUGACGGCAUCUCUUUUAUUGGAGCCUGCGUGCUUUCCACUACCUACCUUACCUGACGCCAGACGCUUAUGGCUUGAGUUGUCGGUGAUUUUUCCUUUUGGACAUUCAGGUCGGAGGCUCCGUGUGUGGUAG